AUGAUGCGACUCUACCUUACUGCGCUGUUAAGUGCAAUUUCAGCUCUACUAGCGCCGGGUGGAAGUGCCCCAGUGUCUGCUCUUCCAGACUUUCCGGCUGGCUACUUACCAUGUAAUGAACUACGUACAUUAACAAACGCACCUGAAGAAUCUCCAUCCCACAGGCGAUUGAGAAUUUCCGAUACACAUGAUGACGAAGACAGAAUAAAAAGUAUCAGCAUUGAAAAACUAUCGGGGUUGAUUAAGACUGGAGUAUCGAGGAUACAUGGAUACCUAUAUUUAGGACCGUCAGCAACUAGAGAACAACCAGCAGAUGAGAUUCUUCGAAUGUUCAAGCUUGAGGAUGGAAUAGAGAAGGCCUUGGCUAGUUCUAACUUGAAGACCAUGGAAACUUAUGUGAAGGAACUGCGCACCAAGAACCGAAAGAGCACGACGUCAGUGCUUGGAAUACUCACGAAUCACUACGGGGACGACGCAGUAGCCAGUGCACUUGUGACUGCACCGCAUAAUACCAUUAUGAAAGACAUGGAGGAUACGAUAUGGCGAUUACGAAACACACAGCUUUCAGCUUGGCUGAGUAGCGACAAGUCUGUCGACGAUGUUUUCAACCUGCUAAAGCUCCGUCAAGAUGGCUACCUAGCUCUCGCCAGUCCAAAGUUGGAGGUGCUGGACGACUACAUAAAGCUGAUUAUCCGCUCCAAAUCCAGCCAAGAAACGUUGCGUGAUGUGUUAACGAGGGGAUUUGGAGAGCGGAGAUUGGCCAGACUGCUAGUCCGUGCGAAGCAAGAUGACCGAACAAAAGAACUGGCGACGGCACUGCAAAAUGCGAUUUUAAACAAGUGGGUUACAGACAAGUUGCAGCCGGUCAACGUCCUACAACGACUGAGAUUGGAUAGAGGUGUCACCAAAGCUAUGACAGACUUGAACCGAGACACUUUGACGAGGUACAUCUCGCUGUUUAAAACACAUAAUCCAAGCAGUAAAACGUCAUUCAUUGGUACGCUUUCCGCGCAUUAUGGAGACGAUGCAGUUGCGAAAGCACUCGUGACGGCGUCGUCGGAUGCGAGUACAAAAGAAGGCGCGAUUCAGCUACGGAGUGAGCAGCUGACUGACUGGCUGAACAACGAGAAGACUGUCGACGAAGUUUUCAAGCUGCUAAAGCUUCGCGAUGACGGAGAAGUCGGUCUAAUUAGUCAUAAGUUGGAGGCUCUAAAAGAUUACAUCAAGCUAUUCAACCGCGAAAGAACAGGAGAUGAGACUUUACUCAAGACGUUGACGACUGGAUUCGGCGGAGAAAGUGGAUUCUCGAACAUUUUACUAGCAGCAAAGGCCGAUCGACGUACAAACACAGUGGCUAUGUCAUUGCAAAGCGAGCUACUUCAUCAGUGGCUUAAGAGCGGAUUGCAGCCGGGAAGCGUCUUGAAGAAGCUCAAAUUGGACCGUGGGAUAACAGAAGCACUCUCCGAUGGAAACAUCCACACUUUGACAGCAUACAUUUCGUUGUAUAGCACACAGAAUCCAAGUAAUGCAGUAUCGCUGAUUAAGAUACUAUCCGCGCAUUAUGGAGACGAUGUUGCCAAGGCACUUGCCAUGGACGAUUUUGCCACGACUGAGCUGGCGUCCAAUCUGCUGACACAGCAGUUGCAGCUGUGGCUGAAAUCUGUUGGAGACGUUUUCGCGAUACUGAAUGUUGGACACCUCGAUUUCUUGUCCAUGAAGAGUCAGAAGUUGCAGAUUUUGGACAGCUACUUGAAGAUGUAUAACGCCAAAAAUCCGCUUGACGCCAAGAGUAUGUUCGCGGUAGUAAGAAAGGGCUUUGGCGGUGAUGCCGGGCUUGCACGUGUGAUUGGUAAGGCGCUUGUAACCUCGCAAAAUGAGCCGAAGAUGGCUCUCAAAUACCAGAAUGAGCUAUUCAACCAGUGGUUCAAUAGAAACAUUGAGCCCAAGAACGUUUACGUAGAGGUCCUCAAGAUCAAGAAGCGCUCUGCAGACUUUACAGCAAAGGGGGUCGCUAAACGAUACAAGAACUAUUACAAGAAACGGGUGGGGGAGGUUAUAACCUUUAACAAUCCAAGGCGGUCUUAA